AUGCGCUUCAACCUUACUUUCCCACUCGCCGUGCUGGGCCUCACAUCAACUGUUCUUGCGGCACCUCAAGCAGCCAGAGAUGUCAGCCAAUCCUCACCACCGGCCAUCGAAAAGCGCGAGGACACCAAGUACUUCCACGAGCCCUGCUGUGGCGAAGAGCUUGGCCACUACGAUAUCCGUUAUUUCAAGCAAGCUGUGGGCUACGACGAGCACCGUGUUGUUCUCCGCAACCUCGUCCGCUCCUACCUGACCAUUACCAAGAAGCUCAAGGUUGAGACAUGGCUCGCCCACGGCACGCUUCUGGGUUGGUGGUGGAACGGCAAGAUCAUGCCCUGGGAUUACGACCUCGAUGUUCAGGUCUCGACGGCGACUCUGUACUGGAUGGGCCAGAACCUGAACCGCACCGAGCACGACUUCGACUGGACCGACACGGAUGGCAACGCCAGAAAGGAACGCUACCUGCUCGACGUCAACCCCCACGGCACUGACAAGGACCGCGGCGACGGCCAGAACAUCAUUGACGCCCGCUGGAUCAACAUGGCCAACGGCGCUUUUAUCGAUAUUACUGGCCUCGCCGAGCGCGACCCCUCCGGAAUGCCUGGUGUCUGGAGUUGUAAGAACUACCACCGCUACCGCACCACCGACCUUUUCCCCAUGCGCGAGACCGAGUUCGAGGGUGUCCCCGCCACCAUUCCCUACAGCUUUGAGCGCAUUCUUUCCGAAGAGUACGGUACCAAAAGCUUGGUGACCACCGAAUGGCAAGGACACAAGUGGGAACCGGAGCAAAAGGAGUGGCUCAAGACACAGCAAUAG